UUUGCGCCUGCAUGAUCAGUGAACCAAUCACAAUACAGUUUAUAAAUAGAACUGGCAUGCGUGUCAUUCUCAUGCAUGGGAAACUACCCAAGGGAUAUUGUGAAAUCAUCCUUUCUCAGCCAGGAUAUUUAGCUUCUUAGUAGUACCCUGAAUUUAACUACAGAAACCACUAGAAUACUGUUGGUCUUUCUCAGUAUUGUUACAUCGACAUCACAAGGUAAACACGUCUGCUACAGUAUACAGGAAUAAUCAUGGAUGUUCAGCCUGGACACUGCUGGCGUUGUGAGGGGGUUCUCCCUCAACAUUCAGUGCCCUGCGAGUUUUGUAAGAUAGCAAAGUACUGCAGCACGCCAUGCCGAAACAGAGACAAAGCCAGACAUCAAAGUGUGGAGUGCCAACUUUAUGGGCUGAAAACAUGUGCCUCAUGCGGGAGGAGGGCUCCAAAUAUCAGUGAGUGUGCAGCUUGCAACAAUGCUUGGUACUGCAACAAGGGGUGUCAGCGGAGGGACUGGCCAUCCCAUAGGGAGAUUUGCAUCGACAUCAAGGGUGCCAUAAGAGUACUGUCUUUUGAGCUUUCAGAGAGAAACUCAAAGCUGGCAUGUAACACAAGGGUCGAAGAUUCAAGCUAUUAUUUUGGAAACACUUUGGCCGAAGACUUCCUAAAACUUGCCAGGAAUGAAUUGUCCGAUGGGAUGGCAUCUGAAAAUUUGACCAGAGAUUUUCAUGUCUUAUCUGCUGGGUGCGGAGAUUUACGCAGUACGGUUUUGACAGCUGGUUCCUUGCCUGAUGACUACAAGGGGAAACUUCACAUAACUCUUAAUGAUUUCGACCCUUUUGUCAUGGCAAGGAAUGUGCUGUUUCUCUUCAUGUUGGUCCGCUAUGCAGACACUGACUACAUUGCUUCCAAUUUGACAACCAUCUGGUACUCACUCCAUAUUUCCAAGAGAGAGCACGACUUGAUCAAGACAAGCUUGGAUGAACUCAUUCAGAUGAGUGCUCACCAACUCCAUGACGCCACCAAAGGACUGGUGACUGUCCAGGAUGAAGAUCUUAGGUAUCUGUGUCAGGUUUGGGAAAGAUGGCAAUCAAUGGAAUGCAAAAGAGGCAAGAGAUCCUCGAUCAAUCUAAGAAAGCAAAGAAAGCGAUUGUUUAAGCAAGAUAAAGUGAGGGGAGACGUGUCGAUUUACCUAGCACGUCUAUCCCCAGCAGACCAAAAGGCCAACAAGGAGUGGUUUGACCAUGCUUCGUUUGUCCCAACUCAAACGGUGGAAAUUGAAACUUUGCCGUUUGACAACCCAACACUUACUGGACGCGGCGCAAAGUUUGAAAGUUUGUCAGAUAUAACAGCCCCAGAAGAAUGUGAAUUUGUGUACUGCAUCAAGGAGUCAUCAUUUCCUUUUGCAGUGUGGGACUGUUUGAGAGUAAGAGAGCACACCCCUGGAUCCCACUCCUCUCCGAUGGUGAUGUACCACAAGUACGUGACAAACCUCCUCCAGAGAGUUGAGAGUCACAUCCUUCAACGAAGGCUCCUUAUCAAUGUCUCCUUGGCCAACUGUCUGGACUUUCCGAAUCAUCAUCAGACCUUGAACAUGCCCAACUAUGACCGAAUCUUCACCUCCAACCUUGUUGACUAUGUUGGAUUUGCUAAACUCCUGCAGACAAUGAAGCCACUGCUUGAUGUCAGCAACAGCUACUCGACUAUUGUCACUGAGAGUACGGAAUGGAUUGACAUAGUACCUGGAGCGGACAUUAAAAAAGCGGUGGACACACCUGAGCUUGCACAAUGUAAUCAGGCUUCGUAUCUAGACACUGGUAAGGAGGCGGAUGACAUCAAUGGCAUCAGAGAGUAUUAUGACAAUACCAUCUGCUUUCUGAUGUAUCUCCGGGCACAUCUCUUGGCAGGGGGACUAGGCAUACCCCCCCUCAAGGACGUACCAUCAUUUGAGAGUGUCAAGAAAUAUCACGGCCUCCGAAUGCGUGACUUCCGGAAGGGACUGAACAAACUGGUGCCAUUCCAGUAUCGAGUGAAUGCAAGGGACCUCACCAAGCUGAAUGGCUACGGCAGGGCUGUAGAGUGGUAUCUGCCUCAAAGUGAUGCUUAUUAGCUUAACUGUAGACUUAUAUGCAUGGGGGGAGGGGAUGAGGGUUGCUUGUAUUGUAAUAAAAGCUGGGUUGUAAAAUCUUGAAUCCAUAAAAAAAAUCUUGACUUUGAUGCAGUUUAUGACUCAAUUGCAAUGGCUACAUGUCUAUUACUGGGAGAAAAUAUUGAAAGGCACAGGCCACCGAGUCCAGAGAGAGAGAAUCUUAGGAAAGAACAGGGGUCCAAGGCUGCAGGACACAAACGAUUUUUGCGGCACAGACAUUAUUUACAAGACCAAUGUGUCAUGAAGUUGCCAGCCAGCAUCUAGGCUACAUGAGCAGAUUCGCUGAUUAAGUAUGCAACUAGACUGCGUAUGACCUCGAGAAACUGACCAAUCAGCGGGCGCCUUCUA